AUGGCGCAGCCAAGCAAUUGGUACGCAGUCCCAGGAGCCGAGAUCCUCUGGUCGGAUCUCGCGCUAUCCUCGGAUGACAAGGAUGUGGUGGCCAUAACAACGCCACCAAAACCGUCGGUUCUAACUCCACCACCGACACCGCCGGCUAUACCACCACCAACAGAAAAGCCGCGGAACAAAACAGUCCCGGCACAAGGGACAAGAAUACAGCGCUCCGACAGAGAGCAGCGCCCAACACCACCAACAACACCAACACCAAGCAUAGCAGCAGGCGAAAAACCAAAGGGACACACCACACGACCGACCGACCAAGGGACACCGAACGCACACCGACCGGAACCGCUUCGUGCGAUCGGCCCGUCCCUACCACCGCCGAUUAAAGAGGAGGUGCAACCUGGAUUGAUAGCCGAAAUACCGCACUUCGCAGUACAUGUCUCCAGGUGA